CUCGUACAUGCGUCUCGCUAUGAGUUGCCCUAUAUUUGUCUGGGCACUCCCCGCGAAUUCCAGGUCCGAACCAAUAUAAAAGACACCCACGGAGAGUGGGAUAUCCUACGACAAUUCUAUCGCUUUAAUUAAUCAGGAUUCUUUUCAAGUUACGAUGUCCUUCAAAACCAUCAUUGUCUCGCAUCCAUCACCAAAUAUCGUUAAAAUCACCCUCAACCGACCUGAGCGUCUCAACGCAAUAAACCAAACCCUUCUCAUCGAAUUAACCAACGCUCUACGAAGCCACGCAAACACACACAUCAUGCUUCUCGAAGGCGCUGGCAAUCUAUCAUUCUGUGCAGGGGAAGAUCUUAAAGAAACCCUAGCUCCAAAAACCAGAUCCUCAGAGGAACUUCGCGUCGCGUUCAACCACCUCCAAAACAUCACCCGACUUACCUCGUCCUCGUCCGCGAUCGUAGUAGCCGCAGUACAAGGCUAUGCAGUAGGCGGAGGCGCAGAAAUCGCCCUCGCCGCCGACUUCGUCAUAGCAGGCCCCGGUGCCAAGUUCAGGUUCCCUGAAGUGACGCUCGGCCAUGCGGUGACCGGGGGUAUAUCUCUGAGACUGUCCCAUAAGGUGGGCUUGCUCAAGGCCAAGGAACUUCUGAUUCUCGGUCGGACUGUCGAGGUACAGGAGGCGUUGUCUAUAGGCCUUGUCAGUGAGAUAGCGCAGGAUCCGAAGGCUCGAGCUGAGCAGUUGGCAUUGGAGCUGGCGACUCUGCCGAGGGCGGCUUCUUCCAGUCUUAAAAUGUCGUUGGAGAGAGCGGUAUUCCCGAACAUGGAGGUUGCGCUACAUGAGGAGAUUAACGCCGCUAGUUACUGUUUUUCAAGGAUAGAAGCUGCUGAUGCGUUUAAGAACUUCACUGGUAGGAGGCGUGUUCAUCAUCAGGUCCGAGAUAUCAAUACCGCGCUUAGGAUGGCCAUUGAAGAGUCUCCCAAUAGGGUGUUUCUGCGGUGUCAGGGCCAGGAUAUCACAUUCCUCGAUUUUGACCGGAGUGUGGCCGCUCUAUCUGGUGGGCUUCGAGGCCUUGGUGUACAAGCCGGUGAUCGAGUUCUGGUUAUGAUGAGAAACAGCGUAGAGAUGGUGCAUACAUGGAUGGCCACAAACCGCCUCGGCGCCGUAUGGGUGCCCAUCAACACAGACUGGCGGUUGACAACAUUAAACCAUGCCGUCUCUGUCGCAGACGCAACGGUAGCGAUCAUAGACCGCGAAUUCGUCCAUCUGAUACAAGCAACCGACGCAUCCACACACCACAAGCUAUGGAUCCGAGGAAGCAGCAACGACCACGACUUAUCAAAGCUCUAUAAUCAGGAGCCCCCCCUCUAUGAAGCUUUCACAGCAACACCAGCCACCACCUCCGCAUUCCUUUACACAAGCGGCACGACAGGCAAAUCCAAACCAUGCAUCCUCUCCCACGAAUACUUCAUAAUCCAAGCCACAAACCUUAUCGAAAGCUACAACCUCCGCCCCAACGACGUCCUCUACUGCCCCUUCCCCCUCUUCCACGCCGACGCAACCGCACUCACGGUCAUACCCGCACUCCUCCUAGGAGCCACAGCAGCGCUCUCCCCACGAUUCACCGCAACCAGCUUCUGGGACGAGAUCCGCGAAACCCAAGCAACAGUCUACGAUUUCAUGGGCGCCACCCUCGCCCUAAUCUACAAGCAACCACCGAGCCCGGGGGACCGCGAUCACCGAGUCCGUCUCGCCUGGGGCGUCCCGAUCCCCGCAUUCGCGGAGGACUACGAGCGCCGCUUUGGACAUCCCUUACAUACAUUGUACGGUAGUGUUGAGGCAAGCAUCCCUAUCGUGCAGCAGGGUCACCUGGUUCCGGGCUCCUGUGGUGUCCUGCGUCCUGGGUAUCAGUUGCGCAUCGCGAACUCGGAAGAUGAGUCUCUGCCGCCUAAUACGCCGGGGCAGUUAUUGCUGCGGUGCGAUAACCCCAACGCGUUUUUUCAGGGUUAUUAUAAUGACUCCGUUAGUACAAUGAAGGUCUAUGCCAAUAUGUGGCUGCACACGGGGGAUAUAGCCAAGGUGGAUGAACAGGGGAACGUGUAUUUUCUCGGCCGGAUGAAGGAUAUCAUACGACGACGGGGGGAGAAUAUCAACGCCACUGAAGUUGAGGAGGAGUUUCUUCAACAUCCUGAUGUUGAGAUUGUCGCUGCGUUUGCGAUCCCGAGCAGUCUGGGUCUGGGGACGGAGGACGAUCUCAAGGUGGCGGUUAAGUUGCGGGAUGGUAGUGGAGUAGAUGAGGAGGCGUUGUGGCAAUGGUCGAGGCAGCAUAUGGGUCGGCAGCGUGUACCUACAGUGAUUGAGAUCGUGACCGAGAUGAAAAGAACGCCGACUGGUAAGGUGGAGAAGAACUUGCUGACCGCAGACGGUGGGAAGCGGUUUACAGAUCAUCUUGCUAGACUUUGAUCAUUAGAUUGUCAUGGUCAUACGGCCCAUUCCUUCAUACA